CCUCUAUCAAACUCUGCAGUCCUGCUACAGUCUACAGCUGUAUAACAGUCCUCUCUCCUCGUGUUCUUUCUUGAUCAGCAGAUACUCAUCCAUCAUGUAUUACAACCAAAGCCUCAGCGGUGGUCCCACCAUGAUUACCAGACAGAGCCGCAGCUACACAUCAAGUGCUGCUCCCAAGGCUCACAGCGUGUCAGGGCUCAGCUUCAGAGCCCCCCGCAUCGCUGCUACCAGUGUGCGCACUGUCUCCUCUGGAUAUGGAGGUGGCAUGGGAUACGGCAGCGGUGGGUUCGACCUGUCUAACGCCCUGGACCAUAGCAAUGUGCAGCUGAACGAGAAGGCCACCAUGCAGAACCAGAACCUGAACGACCGUCUGGCCUCCUACCUUGAAAAGGUCCGCUCUCUGGAGGCGGCCAACUCUAAGCUGGAGAUCCAGAUCAGAGAGUACUACGAGAAGAAGGGCCCUGCAGCAGAGAGAGACUACAGCAACUACUGGGCCAUUAUCAAUGACUUGAAGGACAAGAUCGCUGCCGCUACCAUCGGCAAUGCCAACAUCCUCCUCCAGAUUGACAACUCCAAACUGGCUGCUGAUGACUUCAAAACCAAAUUCGAGCAUGAACUCAUGAUGCGCCAGUCAGUUGAGGCUGACAUUGCCAACCUCCGCCGCCUGCUGGACCAGACCACCCUGACCAAGGCUGACCUGGAGAUGCAGAUCGAGGGUCUGCAAGAUGAGCUGGCCUACCUCAAGAAGAAUCACGCAGAGGAGCUGGAAGCCUUGCGCUCUCAGCUUACUGGCACAAUCAACGUGGAGGUGGACGCCGCACCCCAGCAAGACCUCAACAAAGUCCUGGAGGAGAUCCGCGCCCAGUACGAAACCAUCACUGACAAACAUCGUCGCGACCAGGAGUCCUGGUUUAAUGAGAAGUCGGCAGUUUUGACCAAGGAGGUGGCCAGCAGCACAGAGACCAUCCAGACGUCCAAGACAGAAAUCAAUGACCUGCGGCGCACUCUGCAGGGCCUGGAGAUUGAGCUGCAGUCUCAGCUCAGCAUGAAAGGGGCUCUGGAGAACACGGUGGCAGAGACAGAGGGUCGUUACAGCGCCAUGCUCGCCGGUUACCAGAACACAAUCAACAUGCUUGAAACAGAACUCUCCAACGUACGCAGCAGCAUCGAGCAGCAGGGCCAGGACUACAGGAUGCUGCUGGACAUCAAGACCAGGCUGGAGCAGGAGAUCGCAACCUACAGGAGCCUGCUGGAAACAGAGGAGUCCAGACCCAUUAGCACAGGGGGCUCAAAGACCACAGUCACAACCACCACUGUGCGUACCUCCAGCUAGGAGGUCCAACUGGCAGGACAAGCUGUUCUCAGACACACACAUACACACACACACAAAAUCCCACUAAUGAAAGCUGUUACACGAGAUGAGUGAACUGUACUGAAAAAAACCCCAGAGAAUGAGAAAACUGAGACUGUUGAAAGUGAAGCCCGUGUUAAAGUUUAGGUAUGAAACAACACUUAAGAAAAAAAGCCGGAAUUAUUGUGUGUGUUUGUGUGUGUGACCUGUCUGAAAAAUAAAACUGCUGGUCAAUACAA